AUUAUUUUAUAUUAUAGAAAAUUAAAGAAUUAAUUCAGUAUACUUUACAUAAUACUAGUGCUUAAAUCACAAUGAAAAAAGAAGAAGUUCAAGAAAUUUUCUUGAAAAUUUUGAGAGAAGAGGAAGAUGUAUCCGCUGGGGUUGCUGCAAUCAGAACCUUGCUGACUGUUAUAAAAACAUAUAAAGUGGCAACAGUGCGCGAGCUGGACCUGAACCUGCAGCUGGCAGUGGACGCCAUGCGCCACUGCGACCAGCCCGUCACCGCCAUCUCCUCCGGCUGUGAGCUCUUCAUGCGCUUCAUCACAUUCGCCAAACUUGACAUGGAGUCAUUUGACAAGUGCCAGGAGAUCAUGCUGGAGCGCGGUAACGUGUUCCUGCAGACGCUGCUCGAGGCGCGCGGCAAGGUCGCCGCUCAGGCACUGCCUUUCAUCAGUGAUGGAUGUAAAAUAUUGACACAUUCGAGAUCAAGAGUGGUACUGCAAGCCAUGCUGGAGGCUGCUCAAGCCAACAAGAGGUUUCAAGUUUACGUCACCAUGUCCGGCCCAGAGAAUAGUGGAGCUCUUAUGCAUAAGCAGCUGACAGCAGCGGGCGUGGACUCCACGCUGAUCCUGGACGCGGCCGUGGGCUACAUCCUGGAGCAGGUGGACAUCGUGAUGCUCGGCGCCGAGGGCGUCACCGAGAGCGGCGGCAUCAUCAACAAGAUCGGCACAUACGGCCUGGCGAUGGCAGCACUAGAGCUGAAGAAACCCGUAUACGUACUCACAGAAAGCUUUAAAUUCUCAAGAAUAUACCCCCUCAACCAGCAGGACCUGCCUAAGGAGUUCAAGUAUCUGUCCAGUGUGCUAAAGAACGGCGCAGAGCUGAGCAAGCAGCACCCGCUGGUGGACUACACGCCGCCCGCCUACAUCACGCUGCUGUUCACCGACCUCGGCAUCCUCACCCCCUCCGCCGUCAGCGACGAGCUCAUUAAACUAUACUUGUAAUAUAUCUAUUGUAUAUA